AUGGGGAGGGUCUUGGAUGCUGCCGAAGUUGCCAAUCACAACACCAGCGAGAGCUGCUGGGUGAUCCUCUACGGAAAGGUAUACGAUGUAACCGACUUCGUCUCGCAGCACCCAGGAGGCGCAAAGGUGAUCCUCAAACUUGCUGGCAAGGAUGCAACUGAGGAAUACGAUCCGGUGCAUCCAGAGGGUACCCUCGAAAGCAAUCUCAAGCCCGAAGCCCUUCUCGGCAGCGUUGAUCCUGCGACAAUGCCCAAAUCAGAACCACAGGCCACGAACUCUGAAAAGAUCGAAGACGUGCCAGUGCAUACCCUGUUGAAUAUGGACGAGUUCGAAGAAGUGGCCACGAAGAAGAUCAGCAAAAAAGCAUGGGCGUAUUACUACUCGGCCGCCGAUGAUUUGAUCACCAAGCGCUUCAAUACCGAAGUCUUUCGCUCCAUUCUGCUUCGGCCGAGAGUUUUCAUCGACUGUACCGAGUGCAAUCUCAACACCUCGUUGCUUGGAAACCCAACAUCCAUGCCCAUUUACGUGUCACCAGCCGCUCAGGCCCGUCUGGGUCAUCCUUCCGGAGAAGCGGGUAUUUCAGAAGCAUGCCAGAGCAUGGGCACAAUACAGAUCAUUUCAAACAGUGCAUCGAUGACACCCGAACAAAUUGUCGCCAACGCGUCGCCGAACCAAAGCUUCGGGUGGCAGCUCUAUGUGCAAGACAACCGAAGCAGAAGCGAGGCGAUGAUCGCCCGAAUCAACAACUUGAGUGCGAUAAAGUUCCUCGUCCUAACGCUUGAUACCCCGGUAAUGGGGAAACGAGAAGACGACCAGCGCUUCGGCAACGUCAUUGACGAACUGACCGAACAAGCAUCCCCAGAAAGCUGGAAACAGCGCGAUAAGCAGGCCUUUGCAGGCAUGGAUCCAACUCUGACCUGGACGGAGACCCUCGCCUGGCUAGCCAGACAUACUUCGCUCCCUAUUGUCCUUAAGGGUGUGCAGACGCAUGAGGAUGCCUACAUUGCCUCCUUACAUCGGCUCCAGGUGAAGGGUAUCAUCCUCUCCAAUCACGGGGGUAGAUCACUGGAUACAUCUCCUCCAGCUGUACACACUCUCCUUGAGAUACGGAAGUACUGCCCCGAGGUUUUUGAUCGGAUCGAGGUUUGGGUGGAUGGCGGGGUGAGGAGAGGGACCGAUGUUGUCAAGGCACUUUGCUUGGGUGCUAAAGGUGUCGGCAUUGGACGGCCGCCGCUUUGGGGUUUAGCUGCCGGAGGUGCUGAUGGCGUUAAGAGGACAUUGCAGAUACUGGUGGAUGAGACAAAGACUUGCAUGCGGUUGCUGGGAGUGCAGAGGCCAGAUCAACUUGGAAUGCAACAUAUCAACACUCGGCUAGUAGAGCAACAGAUCUACGAUGGUCCUUCAGGCCUCGGGACUUGUCGCGCAAAUCACCGGUCAAAACUGUAG